AUGGAUCCUAGCAUGCUGAUUGGAUUUCUCAUCAAGGACGAAGAAGACUGGGCUGACUGGAAGAAACGAGUUCAAUCCACUCCUGGACAGCCCAUUGUGCACAUGCUCCCCUGUCAGCAUCAGCCAGAUAAUGGCCAAGGUCGAGCGGAGGCACUGGACGAAGUUGAGGCACUGGACGAUUCAGAUGAGAUUGAGUGA